AACCCGGCAGAAGUCAAGAGUGGACGAACAAAAAUAACACAGGAGCCGCUGGAAUAGCAACUGUUUAUUUGCCAGGAGCCCAGUGAUAAAGGAACCAUGGUCGAUCCAAUGGAGAAUGGCUUGUUUGACAUUCCUGACUAUGACAACACGGAUGACGAGACCUUUCCUCCUCUCCCCCCUCCCUUCUCACCAGGAGAGGGAGGAGAUCCUUUUACAGGGGAGGAGGGAGGAGAGAUCUCCAAGCUGGCCGAAGUCCCUGUUGCCAAGAGGAGAGGCGUCAAGAGACCACAGCCCAAACUGGACUCUCAGAGGCUGAUAUCAGAAAGAGGACUUCCGGCUCUUCGCAACCUGUUUGACAACGUUCAUUUCAAAGGCAAAGGACACGAGGCUGAGGACUUGCGGGUGCUGAUGCAGAGGAUGGAGAACUGGGCUCACAGGCUGUACCCCAAACUACAGUUUGAAGACUUCAUAGACAAACUGGAGACACUGGGCAGCAAGAAAGAAGUCCAGGUCAGACUGACAGGCCCUUGUUGUUAUAACCAACAUGCAGGUCAGACUGACAGGCCCUUGUUUGGAAAUUGGGCAUUCAGUAUUUUAUCCAUUGAUCCAGGUGAGGACGACACCGCGGCGUCGAGAGACGGACGUGUCAACCAUGACGACCCAGACCCGUUUGGAGACGGAGGUUUCGCUGAAGACCCAGGACGGGUCCCCUCCACCCCAGCCCCCUCCCUGUUCCCUUCCUCCCAGGCUGGCCCGGUCCACUCCACCCCAGCCCCCUCCCUGUUCCCUUCCUCCCAGGCUGGCCCGGUCCACUCCACCCCAGCCCCCUCCCUGUUCCCUUCCUCCCAGGCUGGCCCGGUCCACUCCACCCCAGCCCCCUCCCUGUUCCCUUCCUCCCAGGCUGGCCCGGUCCACUCCACCCCAGCCCCCUCCCUGACAGAGGAACAGCAGAGACGUAUAGAACUCAACAAACGGCUGGCCUUAGAGAGGAGACUGGCCCGCAUGCAGCAACACACAGGU